AUUGCGAUUAUCAGUCGUUUUACCGAAAAAUUUCCCAAGAACCUAAUCAGCAAAAUUUUCAUAUUUGAAGCAGGUCUGCUCACUCAGCUGCGUGACUUCCUUAAGAAAAGCUGCAGACGUCAUGGGAAGUUGAAGGAAGGUAACAGAUCGAAAUGACAACCUGACAGCUACAUCAGCAGAAUUUCGUGACUUCUUCCGUUUUAGCUCGUGAUGGCGAAGGGCGUAUGUUGGAUUUCCGGUCAAAUUUGUCAGAUGUAGGGGGGGAGAUUACCGCACAAAAUAAUGGCGUUUGAGGGUAUUAAGGUUUGUUUUGUCAGUCUAGUUCACCAUAAUUUCGUGAUAGGCAGAUGAUCAGAUGCUAUCUACCUAUCCCCCCUUUUUUACACCCUCGUGACUUUUAAACACUGAUUUAAGAACAUUUUGUCUUCUUAUCGCUUAAACGGUUCAAGAUUGGGAAAGUGAAACACCUCUUUAUCAUGGAGAAACGAAUACUGAUGAUUCGUGCGGCAACUAUUUUGCUCUUGUCGAUGGCCGUAGAAAAAUCAAGCGAGAAUCUUCUUCCAUCACUUCAGUUUACACGCGACACGCUGAUGGGCUUUUCAAUGGGCUCAGAGCGAGAAGUAAAAAUUCUCACACCGAAGAAAACCACGAAAGAAAUUCCUAAUCGUGACAACUCCAACGUUAAGAACACUGGUGUUAAGAUUUUUACGAAAAAGUUCAUGAAAGGUAAAGGAGGAAAAAAGGUAUUCAAAGGAGCUUCUGGACCUAAACCUGGCAUAUCUCCAUCGGGUCAUGGCACGGUUAUACCAGCGACUCGAAAACCAGUGACGCAAACAGUGAUCACAUAUCAGAGAAAACGAAAGACAUACAGACCUCGCGCUACGCCAUCAAACAAGUUUCUUGAAGCCAUCAACGACAUCGAACGCGCUGUUGCGAAUGCUAGGGCUUCAGGAGUCCGCUACAACGGUGAUACACUGCCGAAAUUAAAGAGGCUUAUCGUAAGGGCGAUCAGGAGCAAAAGCUACAAGUAUGCGCGCGAGGUUUUGGGACAGAUCAUGUAUAUUCUUAGCUCAAAAUCAUCGCCACCAAGACGCGGAAAACGGGCUUCUGAAAACAGCGCAAACCAAAGUAAACAAUUUAUUCAGGGGCUCCGAACUCAGCUUGGAAGCUCGACGUUUGAUAGCUUCAUGGCUGUUCAGGGAGAUGUGUCUCUUAUGUUUGUCAUUGAUGACACCGGAAGUAUGGGCGAUGAAAUUCAAGCUACAAAGAACAUCGCAAUUGAUAUCAUCAAUUAUCCACGUCAAGCUCCUGUGGAGUACAUUCUGUCACCAUUCAAUGACCCUCUCCCAGGUGAGUCACUAUCACCAGUGGUUGUCCUGGACGAAAUUGAAGCAGGAGAGUUUGUGAAAGCUAUAAACAAUCUUACGCCCCAUAAGGGAGGUGACUGCCCCGAGUACGCAUUUACUGGCAUGCUAGAGGCACUCUAUCAAGAGCCACAGUGGGGCUCCCCUAUGUACGUGUUCACUGAUGCUGGUCCGAAAGAUGCAACGGAUGAAUACAUCGAGGAAGUGAAACACUUGGCUGGCGCUGAAGAAUACGGCGUGACAAUUAACUUUUUUACAACAGGUGAGUGCAAUGAUAAUCUAAGCUUUUAUUUGUUCUCGUCACGCAAUGUAUGCUCUCUUGUUUUAAGCGAUAGUGUCACGGAACAAUAUAAACCUCUUACGGGAGGAGUACUUGAAGGAACUAAUGUCAUCAGUGUUGGCUCAAAUAUGUCGGGAAGAAAGAAGCGGAACGUUGACAGGGCAAGAAGCAGCCGAUAUAGCAUUCCAGUGGACGAGUCCAUCGAGAAAUUGAUCAUAUCAGUGACCACCACAAAGAUAUAUACAAAAGGUAAGGGAAUCACUUUAACAGAUCCCGACAAUAUCGUUAUCACAUCUGGAAAACGCAGCCUGUCUCAGAUCUCCGUUUACCAGAUUGACAACCCCAAAAAGGGAGGCUGGACUCUAGCUGUGUCAGGGAGCAAUGGAGGUCACGAAUUUUACGUCAAAUCUACUAGUGAGACAAACGUCGACUUCGAACAUUACUUCCUUAUUCCAUUAAGCCGAAGGCGUCGUCGGGAGACGUCUGAAGUACCUAUUUCAAAUCCAGUAAUUGGCAAAGCGAACAAGGUGGUUAUAACAGUCGCAGGUUCUGAGAAAGUCAAUUCAAGCUCCGUGCGUUUGGAACUCAUUACCACUGAAGGAACUAGGAUCAGUGACGUCACACUACAGACAGCUGACCAUGUCCAUUUCACCUCAAGCUUCACUCCUCGUGCAACUCAGCCAUUCAAAUUCAAGCUCAGAGGCAUCACUCGUGGCGGGAACCCGUUUGAAAGGAUUUCGCACCAGACAAUCAAACCGACGACGGUCGUGCUUAGGGGAAAGUAUGCCAGCAAUGACUAUACCCUCCCUCUAGGAAGAGUCUCGUUUGUUCAUUUUCAGCUGUGCAAUUUCGGUGCCAGUGAAUUUUUUGACGUGACCACCGUAAAGGACAAGAUGGGGUACUUGCUCUCUCGGAAUGUGAGAUCAAGGCGGGUGACAAAGGGCCGUUGUGCUACACUUUCCGUUCGCGCUAAAGCUACACGUCCUACUGAUGUAGACAAAACAGAUAUUGUGUUUUUAAUCGCCAAGGGUCAAACAUCUAAAGUUGUUGCUUCACAAGCAAUGCGUCUGUUCGUUGUCUCUUAAGAUCAUGGGAGUCACAUCGGAAGUAUUUUAGCUAAUAAACGACAGCAAAUGUAAACAAAGAAAAGCAUCUAGAAUAAAAGAAUAGAGAAUAAAGAAGUUGAUAUCAGGACCAUG